AUGCCUUCGCGAAAACCGAGCAAAUAUGGAAACAAGUUCCGGUCAGGCACCGCAUCGUUCAAUCCCAAGAGAACGAAGACCGUCGAAUUCUCGUCCUUGCGAUCCUCAGAAGCUACCUCUCAAGAUGAAAAAUUCGAGGCGAUCCGGCUAGCAAACAGCAUCGACGAAACACUCGGGUUUCCGCGCUUCGAAGCCGGCGAGAAAAGGGCAGGAUGGCUUAUAAACAUGCACAGCACCUCAAUAGAGGACCCGAAUGUCCCAGGAGGGCGUGCUGGUGUUGACUACUAUUUUCUCGAAGACGACGGCGGCAGCUUUAAAGCGACGGUAGAAUAUGACCCUUACUUUCUGAUUGCGGUCAAGACGGGCCACGAGCCGGAGGUCGAGGAAUGGUGUCGGAGGAUGUUCGAAGGGCUCAUAAAGAAGAUCAAGAGGGUGGUGAAGGAAGAUCUCAAGCUACCAAACCAUCUGCUUGGGCACAGGAGGACUUUUCUCCAGUUGGACUUUGCCAGUGUGAGCCAUCUACUUGAGGUGCGGAAGACGCUUCUGCCUCUGGCGGAGAAGAACAAGAAGAAUGUCAACAUGAUGGACACUUAUGUGGAGAUCUCGAGCGCGAACGCUGGAUUUGAUCUCUUUGAUGACGAACUUAAUGAGGCACGACCUAAUGGCAGCACUAUUGCGAGUGAUUAUAUAAUUGAUAUUCGAGAGUACGAUGUUCCAUACCAUGUUAGAGUGGCGAUUGAUAAAGAUAUACGGAUAGGAAAAUGGUAUACGGUAGAGGCGAUCCAUGGCGUUAUUUCAUUGACUUGCUUGGAAGAACGACUUACACGAGCGGACCCGGUCGUCCUUGCAUUCGACAUCGAGACAACGAAGCUGCCGCUCAAAUUUCCCGAUUCAGUGAUCGACCAGAUUAUGAUGAUAUCGUAUAUGAUCGAUGGUCAAGGAUUUCUGAUCACCAAUCGAGAGAUAGUGUCGGAGGAUAUCGACGACUUCGAAUACACGCCCAAACCCGAGUACAGCGGUCCAUUUAUGAUCUUCAACGAGCCGAAUGAACGGGCUGUUCUCGAGAGGUUCUUUGAACAUAUCAAGGAAGCGAAACCGACGGUAAUAGCCACAUACAACGGUGACUUCUUCGAUUGGCCGUUUGUUGAAGCUAGAGCAAGUGUCCUGGGUAUCGACAUGUACAGGGAGAUUGGAUUCAGGAAAAACAGCGAAGACAUCUACGUGAGCGAUCACUGCGCGCACAUGGACUGUUUUGCAUGGGUCAACCGUGACAGUUACCUACCUCAGGGGUCUCGUGGUUUGAAGGCUGUUACCGUUGCGAAGCUUGGCUAUGACCCUGACGAACUUGAUCCGGAACUCAUGACGCCGUACGCAAGCGAACGCCCGCAGACGCUGGCCGAGUACUCUGUUUCCGAUGCAGUCGCCACGUAUUAUCUAUACAUGAAAUACAUCCACCCCUUCAUCUUCUCCCUCUGCACGAUUCUCCCGCUGAAUCCGGAUGAUACGCUGCGCAAAGGUACUGGAACGUUGUGUGAAAUGCUACUGAUGGUCCAAGCAUACCAGGGCAACAUCGUUUUGCCAAACAAGCAUAAAGAUCCUCCGGAAGCCUUUUACGAGGGCCAUCUGCUUGAGUCCGAGACCUACGUCGGUGGACACGUAGAAAGUAUUGAGGCUGGAGUGUUCCGAAGCGAUAUCCCCGUAUCGUUCAACAUUGACCCAACCGCCGUCGACGAAUUACUUCGUGAUCUCGAUGCUGCCCUUAAGUUCAGCAUUGAAGUGGAAGAGAAGAAGUCCCUCGACGACGUCACGAAUUAUGAUGAAGUUAAGGCUCAGAUUGCUAAACUCCUCAUCAACCUCAAGGAAAAUCCGCAUCGAAACGAGGUCCCGUUCAUCUACCACUUGGAUGUCGCCUCUAUGUAUCCGAACAUCAUGAUUACGAAUCGACUGCAACCUGACUCGCUUAUUCAAGAAUCAAAUUGCGCCGCAUGUGACUUCAAUCGUCCUGGAAAAACCUGCGAUAGACGUCUACCAUGGGCUUGGAGAGGUGAAUUCCUUCCAGCUAAGCGCGACGAGUAUAAUAUGAUUCGGCACGCGGUCCAAAAUGAGCGCUUCCCUGGCAGGACCAAGAAAAGCCCUAUGAGGACGUUUACUGAGUUGAGUGCCGAGGAGCAAGCUGCCAUCGUCAAGAAGCGGCUCCAAGACUACAGCAAGAAGAUUUACCAUAAGAUCCACGACAGCAAGACAAUGGUGCGAGAAGCCAUCAUUUGCCAGAGGGAGAACCCAUUUUACGUCGACACUGUACGUAGCUUCCGAGACCGAAGAUACGAUUUCAAGGGGAAGCAAAAGGUGUGGAAAGGGAAAACAGAGUCCUUGAAGUCAUCAGGUGCCUCGGCCGCAGAGGUUGAGGAGGCGAAGAAGAUGAUCGUUCUGUACGACUCUUUACAACUUGCACACAAGGUUAUUCUCAACAGUUUCUAUGGUUAUGUGAUGCGAAAGGGAUCUCGAUGGUAUUCCAUGGAGAUGGCCGGUGUCACCUGUUUGACUGGUGCACGUAUCAUCCAGAUGGCCAGAGAACUUGUUGAACGCAUUGGGCGACCGCUGGAGCUUGACACCGAUGGUAUUUGGUGUAUGCUGCCAGGAACAUUUCCCGAGAACUUCUCAUUUACCCUCAAAAACGGCAAGAAACUCGGCAUAUCUUACCCCUGUGUAAUGCUAAACCAUCUUGUGCACGGGAGUUAUACAAACCACCAAUAUCAGGCUCUCUCAAACCCUGCAACGUUCAAGUACGAGACACACAGCGAGAACUCGAUCUUCUUCGAAGUCGAUGGACCGUACAGAGCAAUGAUUUUGCCUACUUCCAAGGAAGAGGACAAGAAUUUGAAGAAGCGUUACGCUGUUUUCAACGACGAUGGCUCUUUGGCAGAAUUGAAGGGUUUCGAGGUCAAGCGACGAGGAGAGCUCAAGUUGAUCAAAAUUUUCCAGACGCAAAUCUUCAAGUUCUUCCUUGAGGGUCAAACACUCGCUGAGACAUAUGCUGCUGUAGCUCGGGUGGCUGAUAGGUGGCUUGAUGUACUAUACGAGCACGGUGCUACCUUGGCUGAUGAAGAACUCAUCGAGCUUAUUUCCGAAAAUCGAAGCAUGACGAAGACUCUCGAGGAGUAUGGGAAUCAAAAGUCGACAUCGAUUACCACCGCGCGACGUUUGGCAGAGUUCUUGGGAGAACAGAUGGUCAAGGACAAGGGUCUCAACUGUAAAUACAUCAUUUCAGCAAGACCGAGGAACACGCCUGUUACAGAACGAGCUAUUCCAGUCACCAUCUUUUCGGCCGAGGAAAGCAUUAAGCGCCACUUCUUGCGAAAAUGGCUCAAGGAUGACCCCGGUGACAUGGAUCCUCGAAGCGUGAUUGACUGGGACUACUACUUGGAGCGAUUGGGAUCGGUUGUGCAGAAGCUCAUCACAAUCCCAGCUGCCCUCCAAAAAGUUCGCAACCCCGUGCCUAGGGUCGCUCACCCAGAGUGGCUGCAGCGGAGGAUCAAUAAGCAGGAUGACCGAUUCAAGCAGGUGAAGAUGACUGACAUGUUUGGGAAAUCCGAAAAGAACCCGCUGGCUGAUAUCUCGACGAACAUCCUUGACCACCGCGUCCAGCAUGCUGAUAACCUCGACGAAGCCAUGGCGAGCUCAAUGGAAAAGCUAAAAUCCUCAUCUCCCCAAAAGGCAUCGGGAAAGCGAAAACACCCUGAGAACCAACCGAAGACGUCCUUGGACCCCUUCGCCAGUCUCCCAGCGAAGAUGCCAUCCAUCAACGAUGACUACGUCGGGUUCCUGAAGUAUCAGAAGCAGAAGUGGAAGAUCCAAAAACAGGCUCGACUUCGCCGCCGACAACUCUUUGGUGAGAGGGCAAACACUGGAGGAGACUCACUGAGCCAUCUCUUCAGAAAUCAAGCUGAGCUGCUGUAUAUCAGUACGUGGCAGGUCUUACAGCUCGCUGAAACCUCGAGGCCUGGGAUUGUGCGGGCGUUUGUUUUGAUUGACCGGAAAAUACAUACCCUCACAGUCAAGGUCCCACGGUGUGUCUACAUCAACUUGAAGCAAGAUUCGCUCCCUGAUGUAGAUGUUCCGGAGUGUGAGGUGGAAAAGGUCAACCAUACAUUACCAAAUGGGCACCCCUCCGUCCAUUUGUUCAAGCUUACGUUGUCUGAGGAAACCUUCCUACGAGAGGCGGACAAAAUUGACGUCCUCUUGCAACACCCCAGCGUGGAGGGAGUCUACGAGAGGAAUAUUCCUUUGAACCUCAGAGCAGUCCUCAAGCUGGGCAGCAUCUGUACCUUUGAUGAAGGACAGCGCGGCGUGCUCGGAGAGGGACUAGACCGAGGAUUUGACCUUUCGACGUUAUGCCGCACGACCUCAGAACGAGUAUACUUGCAAGACACGCCUCUGGCAUACCAUUUCCUCUAUCAUGUAUCCUCGGGCGAGAAACAGAUCUUUGCUAUUUUCUCGAGCACAAAGAAUGAAGCACAUAUAGUCAUUCUUAACCGUGCGAGGGAUGUUCAAGGUCUUCCGAAUGUCGACAAGAUCUAUUCAGAGCUUCUUGCCCGCAAGUUGCAGGAUCAGAGUGGUCAGGCAGAGGGGGCCUUUGAGUACCAGGACAAGAUCCACUUCAGGACUACUCAGAUCACGACGAGGAGGAAAGCGCACCUAGAAGUGGGUGAUCUGAUUAAGAAACUUCGUAACGAUGAGAGUCUCCCGACUGUUAUGAUCAUACAAUCGCAGCAAAGGAGUCGCCUCUGCCACGAUAUCCCGAUCCUGAAGGAAUACCCAAUCAUACCGGUAAAACCAGAAGUUUCGGAUAUGAAUCUGCCCCCUCUGGGUUGGCAGUCUUUCAUUGCCAGGCGAUUGGUGACACACUACCUUUACCUCUCAUCCUGGGUUCAACAUCUUACCAUGCUCGCCAGAUAUGGUGAUGUUCCGCUUUGCAACCUGGAAAGUGAUGACCCACGAUUUCUGAUCGAUGUCUCGUAUGCUAGGCGGCUACAGCAAAACAACGUUGUUCUCUGGUGGUCUUCAACCGCGAGGCCAGACCAUGCUGGAUACGAAAAGGAUGACAUUACCGGUCCGCUAGAAAGAGUUGGCAUGCCAUCUGUCAAUGUCCCAGGCUCUUAUACUACGGUUUGCGUCGAGUUGGAGGUCCGCAAUCUCGCCAUUAAUACCAUUCUCACAUCUUCUAUCAUCAACGAAGCAGAGGGAGCUGAUUCGCUUCUGGCGCCGUCUGACCCAUCCGCUGAAGGUAGUGGCUCUGGGGUACUAUACUCUGAAAAGGCGUUUGCGUCCGCCGGUGCAGUGGUACUACGCGAGAUGGUGAAGCACUGGUGGUCGGAAGCGUGUCAAGGGAAUAACAUGGCGGAUAUCAUGGUGCAGCACCUAAUCCGAUGGGUCGAGAGCCCAGCGUCAUGCCUUUAUGACCGGUCGUUGCAUCAAUACGUGCGGAUGCUGUCAAGGAAGUCCUUCCAACAGCUCAUGGCCGAGUUCAGGCGUGUCGGCUCGAAUGUCGUCUUUGCCAGUCCGACCCGUCUCUUGCUCCAGACUUCCAAGACGGAGGUUGGCAACGCCUAUGCGUACAGCCAAUAUGUGCUGAAAUCGAUCCGCGCUAACCCAUCUUUCCACUUCAUCGACCUCGACAUCAAGGAAUACUGGGACUACCUCGUCUGGUACGACGAGUACAACUACGGCGGCAAGGGAUGUCAAGAAGUUGCAGAGACGGAAGAACAGCCGCUGGAAACAGUCAUGCACUGGCAGCUUAGCCGCUUCCUCCCAACGCCUAUGCAGACUAUUUUCCACGACUGGGUUGUGGAGUACAUUGAACUCAUGCAAGACUUCAAGCGACCAGAGAACGACGACUCUUCUACGCCACGAAUGACCCAGAUCCCCAUUGGACAGCCAGCACCAGGCGAAGAGAACGAGGCACUCUCCGCCGCCCUAUCCGAGAGAUUCUCCAAGCCGCUCAAGAAACAAAUAUCGGGCCUCAUCCGGCGCCAGCGCGAAGAACUGCUGCAUCCUGAGCUCGCUUCCGACUAUGUCUUUCCCGUCCUCCCGGGUGUCCUCACGGACCCCAACGAGGAAAAACGCAAUCCCGCCCUCGAGCUCGUCAAGCUCCUCAUGCAAGUUCUGAGUUUGUCCAGAACAACUACUCUCGAAACCCGCCUUCUCCGUCGCGAGCUGCUCGCUCUCUUCGAAGUGCGAGAGUUCAGCAAAGAAGGCCGCUUCGAGAAUCCCGGCAAUAGUCUCAAAAUUCCAGAACUCACAUGUAGUGCCUGCUGCCUCAUCCGCGACCUGGACCUUUGCCGUGAUGAAGACGUCCUCCCUGAGCCUGGCUCUGAUGGCGCUACUUCGUCCCGACCAUGGCGCUGCCCCUUCUGCCAAACCGAAUACGACCGCCUCGCGCAGGAGGAAAUGCUCAUCGGCCAGGUUUGGGGCAUGGUUGUAGCAUGGCAGACGCAGGACCUCAAGUGCUCGAAGUGUGGAAGUCUGAAGAUCAGCGAGUUCAUGGAGCACUGCUCGUGCAGUGGCAAGUGGACGGAAACCAUGAAUCGGGCGGACAUUGAAAAAAGACUGAAAGUCUUGGGGAGCGUGGCGAAAUUCCAUGAGUUGAAAUUGCUGCAGGGGGUUGUUGAGGAGGUUCUUGGUCAGAUGUGA